CCAUCCCUAACUGGAGCAUCCGGUGUAAACACAACAUUAUUUCCGGUAUCAUGGAAGCGGUGGUGGGUGAUGUUGUCGCUCCAGAGGAUCUCGAGAAAUUCGAGAAGAAGUAUAAAGCAGAGCUGUCCAAGGGCUCUGUGUCGAAAGACACGCAGUUCGAGUAUGCGUGGUGUCUGAUCAGAAGCAAACAGUCGGAUGACAUUAAGAAGGGGAUAGUGCUGCUUGAUGAGCUUGUUCAUAAGGGCACCAAGAAUGACCAGAGGGAUUAUCUGUUUUACCUCGCUGUUGGAAACUACAAGCUAAAGGAGUAUGAGAGAGCUCUGAAAUAUAUCAGGACUUUACUGAAGAAUGAACCAGGAAACUCGCAAGCUUUAGAACUGGAAAAACUUAUCGACAAAGCCAUGAGGAAAGAUGGACUGGUUGGCAUGGCAAUUGUUGGUGGGAUAGGUCUGGGAUUGGCUGGUCUGGCUGGUCUGAUUGGUGUAGCUGUGGCUAAGAAGUCUGCCUGAGGGGAUGAGCAGAAAUGAUGCAGGUCUACAUUCUGAUGUUGGGUUUGAAAUGGAUGCCUUCUAAAUUCAAGUCAGUCAGUAUUACACUGACCAGUUAACCGUCUGAUGCCUUAUAGCGUUUCCAUGGUUUCUCCAUGUCCUCAAGAUAACAGCAGUCCCUUUUAAACAAAAUGUUCAAGCUUUAUGUUAAUCAGAGCGACACUUCUUCACAUUACUGUUAUGAAAAAAAUCCAGAAAUAAUACAUGUUAUUUCUUUCACAUGAAGUGUUUUUCUAAUUAAAUGAGGAUCUCAUUAAGGCCAAGUAAAAUGGAGAAAUGUCUGUUUGAUGUUUCGUUCACAUGUUAAAACUGUGUUCCUUAGCAAAAUGACUUAUUUCUGUAACUUUAAAACCCCCAUUAUUAUGCCUAUUUUUGUUUGUAUUUUACUUGUAUUUGUGUCCUGAAAUGUUUUUGUUAGUCAAAAGUAAGCCAAUGUACAUCCAUAACAGAUCUCUUCUAAUGCCACUUUGUUCACAACGCUGAGAUUGAAAUGUUUUGAAAUGUUGUAAUUCUUACACUGAAGUCCAAAGAAAAGAAUUUGUCAACAAGUGUAUCCUAUUGCACAGAUAUGAUCUGAUUGUCUUGUGUUUAUGUACUACUAGUUUAUUUCAACAAUGCAUAUUGCCAACAUUUAAACACAAGCAGCAAAUAAAAAGAUUAACUCUA